GUUGCGUUGCAUGGGGUGAAUCCUGGUGGUGUUGUCCGUUUAAUUAAGCACUUGUAUUUGUUUGUUUGUUUAUCUUAGGCUUUAGUAUAUUUAUAGAAAUUAUGACCUUCAAUUCUCCUCCUUUGGCUCUCCAUGCACCUGAGCCUUCUGGGUCACCCCCUCUCCAUUUCCAGGCUUGAUUUGCCCGGACGACCACCCGGGGAUUCACAGCCUUCCUUUGUUUCCAUUUCUCUUUCUCCUUGACAUGGGGGGCUGCUGCAGCAUAGAUGCCAAUUUUGGAUCAAGGAAUGUUGAAGACGAUGAUCCAGAAGAGAGGGAUUAUGAUGGUGAGGAGGAUCAGGACGAUACCAGAAUCGGCGAUGGUGGGGCCAUUGUCCGGGUAAAGGGAUCUACUUGGUUCACAUCGAUGUAUUCCAGACAAGGCAAGAAAGGGAUCAACCAAGAUUCCCUCACUGUUUGGGAGAACUUCACCGGGGAGAAACAGAUGUUUUUUUGCGGUGUGUUUGAUGGCCACGGUCCCUCAGGUCACAAGGUUGCACGUUAUGUACGUGACAAUUUACCUUUGAAGAUCUCUAGAGUAAUCAAGCAUUCAAAAGCCAGCAAAUACAACAAUGCUAGAGAAAAUUUUGGUAAUAGUAGUGACACAAAAGAGAGUGAAGGGGAUUUUUAUCGUCAAAAUCCAUUCUUUACCUUGUGGGAGAACAAUUUAACACAAGCCUUUGAGGAAUUGGACGAAGAACUUUGCCUUGACUAUUCUCUUGACAGUUAUUGUAGUGGUACUACUGCUGUAACUGUCAUUAAACAGGGUGAGAAUUUGAUAAUCGCCAACUUGGGGGAUUCCCGUGCGCUUCUUUGUACUAGGGGUGACAAAAGCCAACUAGUUCCCGUCCAACUUACAGUUGAUUUGAAGCCUAGUUUACCAACUGAAGCUGAGAGAAUCAUGAAUGCUGGGGGCAGGGUUUUUGCAAUGGAAGAAGAACCAAGCGUGUUUAGAGUAUGGAUGCCCGAAGUAGAUUGCCCUGGUUUAGCCAUGGCGAGGGCUUUAGGCGAUUUCUGCCUUAAGGACUAUGGCCUCAUCAACAGUCCUGAAGUUUAUUUUAGAAAGAUUACAAGCAAAGAUGAAUUCGUAGUUCUGGCUACAGAUGGGAUAUGGGACGUGCUAACGAACAACGAGGUAAUCAGGAUAGUUGCUUCUGUGAAGAACCGAGGCAUGGCAGCUAAAAUUCUAGUUUAUUAUGCUGUCCGGGCAUGGAGAACCAAGUAUCCAGGAUCCAAGGUAGAUGAUUGUGCAGUCGUAAUCUUGUUCUUCAAGAAAAGACCAUUGGUAGCCAAAUCCAAGUCUGCCUUAAGCCAGAGCGGUAUAAGUCACCAGAGUCUGGAUUCUUCAGUCCCUCAAGGCUCAGGAGAUAAGAAGUGUGAUGAAGGUGAAACAGUUAUAAAUUGCCAGAUUGAUUCAGAUGACAUUGACAAAUUAAACAAAGUAAACUCUUUAGCAAAGGUUCCUCAGCUUGGCCAUUUGAGUCGGAGGAAAACAAUGAAGGAUGUUGAACUUGAAAAGGCUCAAUCAUGAUCCUCUCGGUCAUUUUAUCUUUUCAUUAAAAUCUGAAAAUGAGGGGCUAUUUUUCAAGACAUUUGGGUCGUUGAAAGAGGUACAGGUGCAAAUUUGUGGGGGGAGAGGAAAAAAAAAGAGUUAAUUCAUAUUCUCUUUGGCUUUUGAUUUGUAAGUAUGGCCUAAACUUAAUGUUGAAGGUCUGAACAUGAUAUGAAUGUGGUAAUAUCAUCUGACUAUACACCAGCUGGGUGUUCAAGUUUUGUCCUGGCGGCUUGAUGCCAUUGAAGUACUAUUUUUUACUAGCAGCUUGUUAAGUCCUCCUUGGAGGACAAUCUUUUUGGUUUUUACUACAUGUUUCCAAAUUCGUGUAAGUACUUUUAUUGUCAACUAAUCCCUCAGUCCCAUAAGGACUGUCUUAUUUUGAUAAUGCACAUGGAUUAAAAGUUUUAAAUUUGC